AUGAUGUAUUUGUCAUUUUUUCUCCUGUUCUUUGUUCCGUUUUUCGUUUAUGGCGUCUCAAAUUCGUCUGUGAGUUCAAUUAAUAAGGACCCCUGUUUGACUUGCCGGUACAGGGACCUGGGCAAUGCCGUAAAGUCCUUAGAAUCAAAGGUGGAGAGUCUUAUUAAACAGAACAACAAAUCCUUUGGAAUCGGCAAUGCGGUCAAGUCUUUAGAGGCAAAGGUGGAGAGUCUUACUGGACUUAACAACAAAACUUCUUACGUCGGUGAAGCUGUAAAGACCUUGGAAGCAAAGGUUGAUAGCCUUCUUGGAAUGAACAACAAGACUUCUGGAAUCACCGAUGCGGUCAAGUCUUUGAAUGCCACGGUGGAGAGUUUUACUGGACUGAACAACAAGACAUAUGGCGUCGCUGAUGUCUUAAAGUCCUUAGAAGUAAAGGUGGAAAAUCUUAAUGGAUUGAACAAGAAGACUUCUGGCAUCAGCAAAACCGUGAAAGCUUUGGAAUCAAAGAUUGAGAGUCUUAGUGAACUGCGCAAUAAGACUUCUCGAAUCGGCGAUGUGGUCAAGUCCUUAGAAGCAAAGGUUGAGAAUCUAAUUGCGCUGAUUAAUCGUACUUCUCUUAUUCCACAACCGGCUCUGAUAACGACAGGUAAUCUAAAAAGAAAACUACUAAUACAAUUGUUAAUAUUUAAUCUUCAGCAAAUGUCCUUUGGUCUUUGUUAUCCUCAACUCAGUUUUAAUUCUCGGUUUUAAUCUCGUCAGCUGCUGUCUCUUCUUGCAAGGAACAAUAUACGAAAAAGACAAUUAUGAGCACAUUUUUAUUCGAUAUUAUUUUCAGCACAGGCGCAUACCUUUGCAUUUGCUGCUUGUUCAGCCGCCUAUAGCUGAAUAUCAAUGUGAUACUUUCUUUCUUCAAACAGCUCAUUAAAAACAAUCAUAACCAUAACCAAACAUUCAUAACAAAAGAAUGUUGGGAUCAUUCUCAGCAGCUGGGCACAGAACCUUAUAUAAAAACAGUAGCAGGAUGUAAUAUACAACACCUUAAAUAUUCCACUUCACCAAAAUUACCCUAUUUUAGUUGCUGUGUCACUAAAUAACGCAAUUUAAUUAAAAUAGCUCAUUUCUAAGAGUCCUUCUUACGAACGCCUUCUUUAACACUUAAAAAUUGUGUAAAAAGCUUUGUUGACCUUUGUUGUCUUUUGCGUAAGAAGUCUUACAUAAGGCUUGUGUGGGAUACUUACAGAACGCGUAAGAGUGCUUACACAAGCUUUGUGUAAGAUACUUACAGAGGGCUUGGGUAAGAGUCCUUACACAAGGCUUGUGUAAGAGUGCUUACAGAAGGCUUGUGUAAGAUACUUACAAAAAGCUUGUAGAGAGUCCUUACAGAAGGCUCGGAUACGAGUUCUUACAGAAGGCUUGUGUAAGGGUGCUUACACAAGGCUUGUGUAAGAUACUUACAGAAGAGUCCUUACACAAGGCUUGUGUAAGAUACUUACAGAAGGCUUGUGUAAGAUACUUAAAGAACGCGUAAGAAGGCUUACACAAGGCUUGUGUAAGAUACUUACAGAGGGCUUGAAUUCGCGUUCUCUUUCAAGAAAAAAAAAUAAGGACAAAUUUAAACUCUUUGAGCGGUGAAUUGCGCAGCUAGCAAAGGCAAAAUAUCCACUAAUAUAUAAAACACUCAGCCUGGAAGGGCUGAGGCCCAUGUAAGUAUGAAUGAAGUCUCGUGAACUACUUGUUUUUCUUGUCCUCACAGAGUGAUUCUACUAUAGGAAAAGCAGAACCAUGUUGCAGAUAUUGGUUUUGCUUCUCAUUCCAGGCUUAUUUGGUGAUGCGGGUAGAUAAUUUUCCUACAUUUUAUCUAAGAUAUUGAGGGGCCAGGGAAGGAGGGUCAAAUUUCUCUAUAAAUGAAAAAUGGGACCAUAAACGUGAGAUAACCGGCUGAACGAACGUAUUUACAUCCAGAUGGACAUUUUCAACGAGUUUGAAAAAGUUGGGAUCUGUCAGUAGACCUCGCCCCAGUGAAAAGUCACAGACAUAAAGGGUGCGUUUUAUGGAAGACAAAAGAAGGGCAGCCUCCUCCUCAGGUGCUUCGUUUUUCGCAUGGCAGAGGCGAGCGCGAAACGAGUGACUGGUGAUACACCGCAAGGGACCAUGGGAAGGGUACAGACGGCAGGCGAAGCGACGUCUCGCCCGUUGUCUCCUUCCCGCCUUCCUUUGCGCGCAUAUCGAGAGAGACGUCUGGGUACGAGGCAGACAGAAGGGCGUGUGUAUUCAGACAAUGACUUGCUUAUAUUAUACAAUGGGGAAAACGAGAAAGUUGUUUUUCUUAAUUGUUUUGCUGCAGACAAUGCUCUGCUCAUACGCGAUCCGGUAUAGUGUGAACCAAGCCUCGUUUGUCUAGUAUAUCAGCGGUUAUUUGAUAAAUCGCAAUAUUUUGCUCUUCCUCGUCCAAAAACUGUUUAUUAUACAUAUUUCAGGUGCAACUUGUCAGAGAGAGAUGCAGUUGCAAUUCUGUGAAGGCGAUUCACUUACACUCUCUUGUGCUCGUCUUUCCAAGAACAUCAAUAUCCUUUCUGCAAACUACGGUCGUUUGACUGGAGCUCAAGUCUGUGGCUGGGGACCAAUAAAGACCACUAACUGCAAAGCUAAUGGAGCACUUGCCAAAGUUCAAGCUCACUGUCAGGGACGUUCAAAUUGCACAUUACAGGCAACCAACAGCGAGUUUGGUGAUCCCUGCUAUGGAACUCACAAAUAUCUAGAGGUAACAAUUUUUCUUAGCCAAAACUUUUCUCAGCCUGGUUUCAAAGGGAUCUCUUUUCUUCAAUUUCUCAUUGUCGCCAGGAUUCGUAGCUUUGGCAAGUUCAUGGAUCUUGAAAAAGAAGAAAAAGUCGUAGCCUGA